UGCCUGACUUGACGCCUCUGACAGCAGCAGUGUCGGAGGAAGAGGUGUCGCAGUUUGGUUCAGAGUAGUUUCAUCAGCAUCACCAAAGAAGGAAGUGUAGCCAUGGCGCAGGGGCUCAAAGAAAGAUUUGACAAGUUUCUCCACGAAAAGAAUUAUAUGACAGAUGUUCUGGAAAAAAUCGAGAAAAAAACUGGAGUGAGCAGGACGUACAUCGCUCUCGUUGUCGUCGCUAUCAUCGCAGUUUACCUGGUCAUCGGUUAUGGAGCUUCCUUGCUGUGCAAUCUCAUCGGCUUUCUUUAUCCAGCCUACACAUCGAUCAAGGCCAUUGAAAGUGUGAACAAAGACGAUGACACUAAAUGGCUGACCUACUGGGUCGUGUAUGGAGUCUUCAGCGUGGUAGAGUUUUUCGCCGAUAUCUUCCUCUCCUGGUUCCCGUUCUACUAUACUGGAAAGUGCGCCUUUUUGGUGUGGUGCAUGGCUCCAAUGUCUUCUAAUGGAUCAAUCCGGAUUUAUGAGCGCAUCAUACGACCAAUUUUCCUCAAGAAUGAGGCUAAGAUUGAUGAUGCGGUGAAGAACAUCAAGGACAAGGCAUCAGAAGCUGCCGACAAAUUCAAAGAGGAGGCUAAGAAAGCCACAGCAAACAUCAUCUUUGAGGAGAAGAAAAGCUCCUAAGGCUCUAUCCACGAUGUCAUCUCUGGAGCUGGCUGUUGCAAAAGAAAUGUUGCCUUGAAAAUGUUUGUUUUUAGGAGAUUCUAUUCAGUACAUAACCUUAAUCUUCAUCCAAGCUGUAUUAGCUGUUACACAUGUAUCAAAGUCUCUCCCUCAGGUCAGUUUGCUUAGUAGCUUUGCAUUAACUGUAUGCUGGCCCCGAUAGGCUUUGGGAACCAAAUAAAGACAAACUUGCUGAAGCGA